UUUAGGUAAUGGGCAAUGAAUGCACAGGUUCAAUACUAGUGAAUAGAUAGCGUUGACAUGCAGCCGACGCAUAGUCCAGAAAAAAUUGCUAGAGCAUGGGCUCUUUCGUUUUCAGCCUUCAGGUCACACAUUCACGUUGCCCUAUGAAGUCGUGCGACCUCAUUGAUAAACUUAAAAACUGAAUCGGCCCCGCAAAUGGAUCGUAAAGACGAUUUGAUUGCAAUAAUAAAACAAAGAAACCUGGAGCCAAUCUAAAUUGCACGGAUCGACCCAGCUGCUGCUGGACUUAAGUACAGAUUUUGGGUUCGGAAGUACUGAAAUUUGUUUUUGUUUAAAGGUAAAAAUAGAAAAAGGGGUAGGAGGUUUUCAAUAUUGGAACUCAAUGGUUUGGCAACAAAUGACCGAUUUCUCUAUACGCAUAGUUAGCAAACGUUUCGCAAGCAAAAAAUACUUAGAAACUAUUUUUUCUGUAAUCGACAUGAAACUGUACAAAAUGAACAGCCUAGUCGGUAUGUCUAUGCAUUUAAUCAGAUUAUAUUAUAAUGCCCUAACUAAUUAUAUUAUAUAGACUCCAAUGCUGAAAGCGAAAAGAAAUUCAUCAUUUAUUUGUGUUCGUUGAUUAGCAAAGAUAAAUACUGUUAUGCGGCAGACAUUUAUUUCAUUUAAGCCCCACCUCUAUUUUAGAGGGAUAAAACUAGCAGCUGUAUAUCUCUAAGUGCAAAUAACUUAAAAUGUAAAUUAUCGGGUUCACCCCCUGUCUGACGCUCUGUCUGAUGGUCAAGGUCGACCGAAUGCUAUUGUUUGAAGAUCAAUGACUAAUAAACAUAUUAUCGAUCGUCUUCGGUGGCUGAGUGUCUUCGAGGUGCGAAUGACACCCACUCGAUUCUUCGGGAUCCGAUCUUUAGUUAUGCAACAAGUAGCGGUGAAUAACAAAAGACAAUACUCUCGCUUGUUUAAGCAAUUCUUUCUCUGACAGAACUAAACAGCUCACGAUCGUUAUUAGGCUACCAUCAUGGAACAAUUUAGAAAUCGUAUCGAAACAAACUUGCAGAGUUUACCGCGGAAAAUGCAGAAGCUCAAACAUACAAAAUGUUGUAAUAUAAAUAACAAAAGGGUGAUUGAUAUCGGUAUAGCGUGUUGACAUCGGAACGCUUGUUUUGUGAAGCUUCAGGAGGAUAACACAGAUAUACGAAAUUGCUACGAAAAUUGAUACUGAAAAAGGGUGAAUCACGAUCCCGUAGAAGCAAGUAAAACACGAGUAUAUAUUUUUGGCAUUAUAAUUUCAAGAUUUGCAAUAAUAAUAAUAUUAUAGAAUUAUUUCAGCCUAAGUAGAAAAAUUGCUCUAAAAUGUCAUCUUGAUUUCUACGAGACCACAUACGGAACUGCUUGUUAUUGACGGAUAUCAUCAAAGAAUUUAUUGUAGCGCUGCAUCGUCUUUCUGUUGAAUUUAUUGGCUCAUAUGAAAUAUUUCAAAGUCGAUUUCCAGGUGUCAUUGCAAAUUUGGCGACCCCAAAUAGGGCUAACUCGUACUCUUUACAGAACAAACAGUGCCUGCAAGGUUGAUUAUUCUGCGAAAUUCCUGUACUACAAGCACGUUUCUAUAAUAACGCUUGAGAUCUCCUUUUAAGCUACUGAAGGUUAAGUUAUCGGAACUAAGGGUCACUUCUAUCCAUUAUCGUCAGGUGCUUCAGUCAUGCAUCAGAGCAUGAGAUGCUCUCGAGUCGACAACUUGUGACCAAAAAAUGUCUGAAGAAGCAAACCAACCAUGUAAAGAGUCAUUGUUGGGCUCUAUAACUAUUAGUGCCUAUUCUUCUAUUCGGAUGAAGAUGUACAUAUGAGCCCUUAUAAGAGUUUUAUUUACUUUUCAGGUCUUGUUAUAGGACUGCAGUUCCUCUCAUCACGGCGAAUCAUAAGUGAUUAUAAACGAAUCAUGUGUAACAAUUGCCGCCCGUACAAAUGGUUCUCAUAGAACUUUAGCUGAAGGCAAAAUCGUGUUACGACAUGCGGAUUUCGCCAUCAUCGUCUUCGCCGUCAUCGUCAUCAUCGUCAUUAUCACUGGCGGCAGCAACGGCUCGCGGGUGGGCAAGGAGGACAGCAGGCGAGAGUAAAGACAAUUAUACGGGUCCUUUCCGCCCCUACGUCGCCUUUUUACCGCGACAGAAGUAAGAUUUUCUCGACUUCAACCCUCGUUUGAACUUUGUUCUUGUUAUGAAUGCGCUAGCCGCAGCAGAGCAGGGCCAGACUCGCAUCAGGAUGAAUCAGACGCAAAGGAGCGCACCGGACGACAUCAGGAAUUAGACAAACCGAUCGGCAGGCAAGCCGGGAGGCCGUCAUGCGAGCGUGGUUGUAGAUCAUCGCCAUCAUCAAUAAUAAAUGUCUCAGGUGACAGGUGUGACAAGCGUGAAAUCGGAGACAAUCGCUGAAAGAUCUGAGACGAGACUCAGAAGAAGAUGAUGUAACGACUGCCAUUCCCGAUCCAUCUGCGUAUAUUCAUCGCCCAGUGUCUAUCUGUGAAAUACCAGCAAGCAUCCCAAGUGCGCGAUAUUUGUUGGUAGUAAAUACGCGCCAAUGAGCAGUAGAGCAGACCGGGGUCCCGAAGGGCGAUUUCGAUGACCAACCAAAAUGAUAAAAUUGUAGUUGAUUGUCAGUUCGAUAGGUUUUCUAUAGCAGAGGGUGUUUGUAAACGUAAGGCAUUUUGUCACUAUAAUGUGUUCCCUGAAGCAGCUGAAAGCAGCUGACUUUAUUUGUGGACACAGGUGUUAUUAAUACCAACAAUUGUAGUGCAUGAAGGAGUACGUCGGAAAGGCUGAUUAUAUUAUAGUACAGUAUGAUUAGCCGUCAAUAGAAUCACAUAGUGGAUUGAAUCGAAUUCAGUGUGACCUUCUCAACAUUAAUGCUUGUCUGUUGCAAACGUGUCAGCUUAAAGGAAGAAAAUGGUGUGAAGUUGUUGAGUUUCUUCAACGGUACCGCAAAUAGCAACGUUCACCGUCACAGUCCUAACGACAGUGCUGCACCUGUAGCCUGAACCUUGGGAUUAAGCAGAUACGACGUUGGACUAAGGUAGUGCUACAUUACGGUUUACGUCCGGCCGGCUACACAGCUAACACCGAUGUAUCUGCGACUGGGGGCUGCGCCUGCGGAAGCUUUGUGUCUUCCUUUCAUGUGAUAUCAGCCACGAGGCUGAACUCUGACACGGCGGAUGCUGCAAAGUGACGCCGCUAAAGGAGCUUCGUGAUUAAUCCACAAUAAUCGCUGGCGCAAGAUGUUGGCUAUGUUGACGCCAAAUCACAACAUUGGAUGGCUCCGAUGUGUGUUGCUUUUUCUGCUAAGCACAGUAGACAUUGGGUCUGAAUUGUUCGCGCAGGGAGAUGAGCAGCUUCUUAACAGCGGUGAGGUGGUUGUUCAUGACAACGAUGUCGUGGUACUCGAUGACGAUAGUGUUGACUUGGAUGCUGCCGUUUCUUCGCCAAGAGCAACCAAAAUCCAGGAGCCGGGUGAUUUAAAACGGCCCUUGACCUGGAUCACGAAACAAGUGCCGACCUCAUCAAUAUAUCAAGAGCCAAAAUCAACGACGAAUACUGUUAGCCCUACAACGAGUUCAUUUCGACAGGCAAUUAGACAUCCUUCAAACACAGCUAUUUUUGACGGACUAUUUAAUUCAACCUCAGCGCCAGUUACAACCGGCUCUAAGGGAGUUGUCAAAAAGCGUCCGAGUACAACCCUGGCACCGGUUCCACCUGACCUAAAACCGGAAGACGAGCCUUCAAAUUCUGAAGCACAGUCUCCUCAAUCGGGAUGCGGCAUCAGUGUUUUAGCUUCAGAAGAGGAUCCUGAUUUCCGGAUUGUCGGCGGUCGAGAUUCGGAAAGCGGUGCUUGGCCAUGGCAGGUGUCGCUUUUAUUGCGUCAUCCCUCCGCAGGAAAGCUCGGCCAUUGGUGCGGGGGAGCUAUCGUUAAUCGUCGUUGGAUCGUGACAGCUGCACACUGCAUUAUUAAGACAUGCCUUCUUCCUUCUUGUAGCCAGAUGUUCGCACUUCCGCAACCUACCUUUUGGACCGUCCGCCUCGGAGACCACAAAAUGAAACUUACCGAGGGCACAGAAGUUACAGUUAAGGUAUCGAACAUCUACCCAUACCCAUGGUAUAAGGGCUACGAACAAGAUAUAGCCCUAGUUCGAAUGGCUUCGCCCGCUAAUUGGACGAACUUUAUUCGACCUUUAUGUCUCCCCGAAGAAGAAGACGACUUUCAGGGCUUAACUUGCAUUGCCACUGGCUGGGGAAAAAUUGAUUACAACGCCAAGGCAUCCAACGUUCUUCAGGAAGUUCUCGUUCGGGUAUUUGACAACAGCGUUUGCGAUGCGGUAUACAGGCCAAAGUUUAAAAUUGCCAUAAAAAAGUACCACCUUUGCGCCGGCACGCUUGAUGGAGGUCGAGGAACCUGCCAUGGCGAUAGCGGUGGUCCAUUAAUGUGUCGUCUGCACAACGGUCGCUGGUACUUGGCCGGCAUAACUUCGUUCGGCUCAGGUUGCGCCAAACGGGGUUUCCCAGAUGUGUAUUCACACGUCCCGCACUAUAUAGAAUGGAUCCACGAAGUGAUGGAGCGCCAUGACAAAGAGGAAGAGCCUAAUGCACACGUAGGGGGAAUGAGUCGGCUUUCGGGCGACGUCCAAUUGACCACUAUCAGGAACUGACUUGGCCGGUGAAAAGACGGACGACGGUGAUCCACAUGGUGUAUUAUGCAUGGCUAUACAUGAGCUGGAAGAUCUGCCAUUCUAAUAGAUGGAACUGGCCUAACUCGACAUAACAUCCACUGUACAUUCUACAUGUACUCGCGUGAAAUAACACUACAAAUAUAAGUGAAAUUAAAUUGAUUUUUGCACCUCGAUUUAGUCAAUUUUGUAAAUGUAAGUUUGAUAAAUAAAAGUUGAUAAUAAAAAAUCA